AAAGCCACUUUUCCUAAAUUCUCACUUGUCUUUCGGCCACUAAGGCAACCAUAAACGGCACAACACUUUCCCAUUUUUUAAUAAAAAUAAUUCUAAAAAAAUAAAUUAAUAUUUUAUAUUUAAUUUACGUGUAAUAAUAAUAAUAAUAGYAUCGGUACGCUCUGAAUACUUGCGCAGCCAGUGGCAAAAAAGAGAACUAUGAUCGGGGUUAAGAAAUGACUACCACAAAAAAUGUGAAAAAUCCUAUAUCGUUCAGACUCCUACUAUCUAUCCUACGUGACGCAACUAAUCAAAAUUUUAUCACAAUGGGUGAAAGAAAAGGAACAAAUUUAUAUUAUCCACCUGAUUAUGAUCCACGCGUUGGUGGACUUAAUAAAUUUCUUGGAACACAUGCACUACGUGAAAGGGCACGUAAACUUCACAUGGGAAUCCUUAUUAUUCGGUUUGAAAUGCCAUAUAAUAUAUGGUGUAAUGGUUGUGGAAAUCAUAUUGGUAUGGGUGUACGAUACAAUGCAGAAAAGAAAAAGAUUGGAAUGUAUUAUAGUACUCCACUUUAUCAAUUUCGCAUGAAAUGUCAUCUUUGCGAUAAUCAUUUUGAAAUUAAAACUGAUCCCGCUAAUUUAGAUUAUGUGAUUGUAAAUGGUGCUCGGCGUCAAGAGAACCGAUGGGAUCCUAAAGAAAAUGAGCAAAUCGUACCAGAAACAAAAGAAGUUUCACAUCGAUUAUAUGAUGAUGCUAUGUAUAAAUUAGAACAUAAGGUUGAAGACAAAAAGGUAGCCAAAUCACGGGAUAAAGCAUUGGAAAGUGCAAUAUCAUUAAAUGAUGCAAUAUGGAAGGAUGAUUAUAGUUCUAAUUGUGCAUUAAGAUCAGCCUUUAGAGCUAAAGAGAAAGAACUUAAAAAAAAACAAGGAUCAAAUCAAUUAUUAUUGAAUAAAUACGGAUUAAAAAUGAAUUUGGUAGAAGAACAUGAAGAUGAUAUUAAAGUAGCUAAAUUACUUGCUCAUAAUACAAAAAAAGAAACGCAACGUACAACACCUUUGAAGAAGUUAGUUUCUGUUGUACGUUCUAAAAACAAAACAAAGAUUACAUCGCAAUCUUUAAUAACAAAAAAGAAAAUUAAUUCAAAUAAACAGAUAUUACCAAAGGUAAAUACAGCAUCUUCUUCAAAAAGCAGUACAAAUAUGUCCACCUCUUUAGUCAAUUAUGAUGGUUCAUCUACUGACACUGAAGCGUAAUUUAUACUGUAAAGUUUUUAAUUGUAGCCAAUGUAAAUAUGUAAUUAAUAUUGAUUGUAACAUUUUUUGAAGCUUUAUUAUUUAAUGCAUUGUAUUUGUAUAUAAUAUUUAAAAUACAAAUUUUUUUCUAUAAAUAAUGGAUUAUAUCUACGCCUUAACCAUAAGGUAUUCUAUACUUUUAAGCGUUUCGUAAAAAGAAAAUUUAAUUUACAUAUACUAAUUUACUACCGAUAAGGGUUCUAAUUUGCAAUACAGUAUAAGAAAAUAUAGUUUUUCCAAAGGAAUUAAUAUAAUAACACGUAAUAUACAUUUUUUAAUAAAAAAAAUUAAUAACAAGUCA